UGUAAUGGUUUCGUCAUAGAAAUCAGGAUUUCAGAUAAAAGUCGUGGAAGUAGAAGACGUUUCUUUUAAUUUCAUUUUCACCUCAUCUCAUCUCCCGUUCUCCACUUCAUUUUUCGCUUCUUUUCAAAACCUCGAAAAAAACCCUCCGGUUCGGCUCGUCUCUGUACCGAUUAGAUGGUCUCCUAGUGUGAGAUCUCGAAUUGGUUUCGAGCUCCUUUCUCGCUGACGGAAAUGGCGCAAAAGCUUCAACAGCAGCUGAGAGAGGUUGGAUCGAAGCUCGAAAACCCUUCGGCUUCGAAAGAUGCUCUUGUCAAGCUUUUAAAGCAAGCUGCAAGUUUUCUAUCUGAGUUGGAUCAGUCUCCAUCAUCAUCAAUGUUGGAGUCAAUGCAACCAUGUCUUAAUACACUAGUCAAGCCAGAACUGCUGAAGCAUCAAGACAGGGAUGUCAAACUUCUUGUGGCAACCUGCAUUUGUGAGAUAAUCCGAAUUUCUGCACCUGAAGCUCCUUAUAGUGAUGAUGUUCUAAGGGACAUUUUCCACUUGAUUGUAGGUACUUUUAGUGGAUUAGGUGAUAUCAAUGGUCCAUCAUUUGGAAGGAGAGUUGUUAUAUUGGAGACUCUUGCAAGGUAUAGGUCUUGUGUUGUGAUGUUGGAUCUCGAAUGUGACGAUCUAGUGAAUGAAAUGUUCAGUACAUUUUUUGCUGUAGCCAGUGAUGAUCACCCAGAAAAUGUCCUUACAUCAAUGCAGACAAUUAUGGUACUUCUCAUAGAAGAGAGUGAGGAUGUUCAGGAGAACGUGUUACUUAUUGUAUUAUCUGUUUUAGGCCGAGGAAGAAGUGAUGUUUCUAUGGCUGCACGGAGGCUCGCUAUGAAUGUUAUAGAACAUUGUGCAGGAAAACUUGAACCUGGCAUAAAGCAGUUCCUUAUAUCAUCAAUGUCAGGGGAUAAGAGUUCUCUGAACAGUCAACUUGAUUAUCAUGAAGUUAUCUAUGAUCUUUAUCGAUGUGCUCCUCAGAUCCUCUCUGGAAUCAUCCCAUACAUUACGGGAGAACUAUUGACAGAUCAAUCAAAUACUCGUCUGAAAGCAGUGAGGUUACUUGGAGACCUGUUUGCUCUACCAGAUUAUGCCAUCUGUGAAGCAUUUCACCCAAUAUUCUCUGAAUUCUUGAAGAGGUUGACUGAUAGAGUAGUGGAGGUUCGAAUGUCUGUCAUUGGGCAUGUAAGGAGCUGUUUGCUUUCAAAUCCCUUCAGAGAUGAAGCUCCUCAAAUUAUUGAUGCCCUCUGUGAUCGUCUGUUAGACUAUGAUGAAAAUGUUCGGAAAGAAGUUGUUGCUGCACUCUGUGACGUGGCUUGUCAUACCUUGAAAUCCAUUCCUAUUGAAACCAUAAAACUUGUUGCAGAGCGUCUUCGAGAUAAAUCUCUACUUGUUAAAAGAUAUACCAUGGAGAGGCUAGCUGAAAUAUACAGAAUUUGUUGCUUGAAAUCUUCUGGUUCAGUUAGCUCAGAUGAUUUUGACUGGAUCCCUGGGAAGAUACUUAGAUGCUUCUUUGACAAAGAUUUCAGAUCAGAGACAAUUGAGGUUGUUCUAUGUGAAUCCUUGUUCCCCACUGAAUUCUCAAUUAAGGACAAGGUGAAACAUUGGGUUAAAAUCUUCCCAGGGUUUGACAAAGUAGAGGUAAAGGCACUUGAGAAGAUACUGGAGCAGAGGCAGAGGUUACAGCAAGAAAUGUUGAAAUAUAUUUCUUUCCGGCAGAUGCAUCAGGAUAAUAAUGCCCCUGAGCUGCUAAAGAAGAUUUUUGUUUGCUGUCGUAUCAUGUCCCACUGCUUUCCUGAUCCUUCGAAGGCAGAGGAGAGUUUCCAGAUUCUUGAUCAACUUAAGGAUGCUAAUAUUUGGAAAAUUUUGUCAAAUCUACUUGAUCCCAAUACUACAUUUGAGCAGGCUUGGACAUCUAGGGAUGAAUUGCUUAGGAUACUUGGUGAAAAACACCGACUUUAUGAUUUUUUGAGGACACUCUCAAUGAAAUGCUCUUAUCUACUCUUCAACAAGGAGUAUGUAAAAGAAAUACUUUUGGAGAGUUCUGAACAAAAAUCAGCAGAAAAUACACAAUUUAUUCAGUCGUGCAUGAAUCUAUUAGUGAUUAUUGCCCGUUUUUCUCCAUUGCUAUUAAGUGGGGUUGAAGAAGAACUGGUGAAUCUUCUUAAAGAGGACAAUGAAAUAGUUAAAGAAGGUGUUUUGCAUGUUCUGGCAAGGGCUGGUGGAACCAUCCGGCAACAAUUAGCAAUGACUUCUAGUUCUGUAGAUCUUAUAUUAGAGAGAUUAUGUUUGGAGGGUAACCGAGUACAGGCUAAAUAUGCUGUACAUGCCCUGGCAGCAAUAACAAAAGAUGAUGGGCUCAAAUCACUCUCUGUUCUAUACAAGAGGCUUGUUGAUAUGUUAGAGGAGAAAACACAUCUUCCUGCCAUCCUACAAUCUCUGGGUUGUAUAGCUCAGACUGCAAUGCCGGUUUUUGAAACUAGAGAGAGUGAGAUCAUAGAGUUUAUAAGAAACAAAAUUUUUGAGUGCAGUAAUAAAGCAGAGAAAAGCAAUCAAGCCUGUUGGGAUGAUAGAAGUGAACUUUGCUCUUUGAAGAUUUUUGGUAUUAAAACAUUGGUGAAAAGCUACUUGCCUGUUAAAGAUGCUCAUUUGCGUCUUGGGAUUGAAAACCUCUUGGGAAUCCUUAAAAAUUUUCUUACUUUUGGGGAGAUUUCAGAAGACAUAGAAUCAAGUCCUGUUGAUAAGGCCCAUUUGAAGCUUGCUUCAGCAAAAGCAGUUCUUCGUUUGUCAAGGCAUUGGGAUCACAAAAUACCCAUCAAUGUGUUUCAUUUAACAUUGACAACAUCAGAGGCUAUCUACCCUCAAGUUAAGAAACUUUUCCAUGGGAAGGUACAUCAAUAUAUAAAGGAUCGGCUUCUUGAUGCAAAGUACGCUUGUGCCUUCUUAUUAAAUUUAACUGGAUAUCAGGAGCCAGACUCAAAAGAGGACAAGCAUAACCUAGAUGAAGUUAUUCAGAUGUGUCACCAAGCAAGGGCACGACAACUUUCUAUGCAAUGUGACUCAAAUCCACUUUUGGCUUAUCCAGAAUGCAUACUCCCAUACCUGGUCCAUGUUCUUGCACAUCACCCUUCAUUUCCUAAUAUUGAUGAAUGCACCGAUGUUAAAGCAUUUGAACCAAUAUACCGGCAGCUGUAUUUAUUUCUUUCUACACUGGUACAUGAAGACAAAAGUGGAAAAUCAGAUGCUAAUACCAGCAAAGAAAAGGAGACUGUUUCUACAAUCAUCUCCAUUUUUCACAGCAUAAAAUCCUCAGAGGAUAUAGUUGAUAUGGUGAAGUCUAAGAAUUCACAUGCAAUUUGUGAUAUUGGGAUGUCAAUCACCAAACGUCUAGCUCAACAGCAGGAUGGUUUGAAAGAGUUGACAUCCUCAGUUCCACUACCAACGUCACUGUACAAAUCAGUUGAGAAUAAAGAAGGUGUUGACUCUUUGACCAGUGAGAAGCAAAUGUGGUUGUAUGGUGAUAGUGUCUUGGCCCAUCUCGAAUCUAUCGAACUGGAAACUGAUGCAAUGGUUCCUUCAGAAAAUCCUGAGGAUGACAAUGUUCUGAAAGCUAGUGAUAGAGAUGAAAUCGAAGUGCCCCUUGGGAAGAUGAUAAAACGUUUGAAAUCUCAAAGGGCCAAAACAAAAAAAAUAGCAAAGAAUAAGGCUUUAACAGCUGAAAGAAAAAAUCAAGAUAAUGAUGUUGAUAUUUUGGGAAUGGUGAGGGAAAUAAAUUUGGAUAAUCUGGAAAGAUCAAAAGACUUGGAAUCAGGCAAUGGUCAUCGGUAUUUUGUGAGUGGAGGAAAAGAGAAUGAUGCGACUGUCAGUGAUAAAAUUCCUGAACAACAGAAAAGGAAAAGGGGAAAAACUGGUGACUCAAUAUCUAUGGCAAUACCAAAACGGCGGAGGUCAUUGUCGGCUCAUGAUGCUCACAAAUCAUCUCGUUUGAGUUCCUCAAUGGAUUUGAAGAAAACUUCAGGGAACAAUUCAAAUCACACAAAGCUGUCUUCUGAGAAAUCUAUUGAAUUAUAUGAAGAAACAAACACUGGUUCAGAAGAUAAAAUGUCAACAAAGAAAAAAAUGAUUAAAACCACCAAGUCAGAUUUGCUGGCUUCAUGCUUGCCAAUGAAAAGUAUAGGCAAAAUUACUGGUCAGAAAUUGAAAGAAACAUCACAUAUAGUUGGAAGAACUGAGAUUCAUGCACUGAAGAGGUCAAGUGUGCUUAAAACUGACAAGGCUAAUUCAAUUGCCAAUAGCGAAGCCUCAACAGGAAAUAUCAAGAAGCGAAAAAGAAGAAGCAUUGCAGGAUUGGCGAAGUGUUCUUUGAAGGAAAGUGGGGAUCAUGGUGCAAAUCUAAUUGGGAAAAGAAUAAAAGUUUGGUGGCCAUUGGAUAAGCAGUUUUAUGAAGGUGUCGUGCAAUCUUAUGACCAAGGAAAGAAGAAGCAUGUGAUAUUGUAUGAUGAUGGAGACAUGGAAGUACUCCUGUUAAAAAAAGAGCGUUGGGAGCUUAUUAAUAAAGGCUAUCAGCCUAGAAAGCAUCUAAAGUUACCAAAUGUUUCUCCUUCUAAAGAAAUAUCAUCUGAGAAGAAAAGAAACAGGGCUCCAGGCCAAUCAAGACAGAAUAAGAAAUCCACUAAAAAAUCUUCAUCUUCUAGAAACAGAAGGAAAAUAACUGGCAAAAGAAAUGUGGAACAAGAAAAUAGUGUUGUACUAGAAAGUAAAGUUGAUGCUGACUUCAGUGAAGGUGAUUCUGAAGAGAAUCAAGUGGAAAGGUUGGAGACAAACCAGACAGAUGAAGAGGAAUCUGACAAAGAACAGAAGCCAGUUGCUGAAGGAGUGGUAGAAGAUGCAGAGGAAUGUCCAGUGGAUGCACAAGAAUCAGACAAGGAAGAGAAGUCAGACUCUGAAGGUACUGCAAUGAAGAGCCAACUAGAUGCAGAAGAAUCCAGCAAAGAAAUAUCAGAUUCUGAAGGGGGGAAACAGAUAGAAAGAACAGACAGAAGCCAAACUGACACAGAGGAAUCCAGUAAAGAGGGGAAAUCAGAUUCUGAAGGGAAACAAGCAGAUGAGGGAGAAAAGAGCUCAAUAAACCAAAAGGAAUCUGACAAAGAAGAGAAGUCAGAUGCAUCCAGUUCCAAGGACAUGGGAGAUUCCGAUAAUGAGCCUCUUAGCAUGUGGAGGCGUAGAGCAGGCAAAGAAGUCUAAGGCUGCUAAGUUAACCUUCCUUUUCAAGAUUGGAGCGGUGGCACCAUUGCCUGACUCUUGGCUUGUAUCGAUACAGUUGUUGCUGGAUGCGAGAGAUGAAUGCUAACUGCAUAAAGACACUAAUAAACAACAUUUGCAAUUCGCUCACAUUGAGGCCUGAUAUACCAUGUACCAUAAUUAUUAAUGCCCCAUGUUACACUAUUCUGUGCUUCAAGCGGUGCCCGUCUUGGGGUUGUAUUAUUUAUUCCAGUUCUGGAGCACAUAGAAGAAACAGUGAGCCAGUUUGACAAUGAGAUUGACAAGGUUAUGGGCUGUAUGUACAGUUAUUGUCACGUGGACUGUAUAUGUGGGGGACUUGUAUUCUGUAUUUACUUCAUGCAUGCACAGAGUUGCACACACCAUUUCAUAUCUAACGGCUAAAUUUCAGAAUAAUUAAUAAGCAUUUUAAUGUUAAUUA